AUGGUAAAGUUGACGUCGGGCGGCAGAGGGUUCGUUCAACUGACCGCGAACGAUGACACGGGGCGAGCGUCGCGGCGCACGAGCCGCCGCCGCCACCGCCGCCUACCCGCGGCCCCAUGCGCGCGCGCCUCUACCACCAGAUCAACUCUGAUCACAAGUGUACGGAACGAGCGCGCGGCCGGCGGUAGACCGUGGAGUGAGGCUCGCGCGCCGGCCCCGCCACCGUCUGAUAAGCCUGGCGCGACGCCCCCCGGCGACGCCUACGCCCCACUCGACGCCGCAUCGGUGCAUCGUAAACACCACCGACCGCCCCUCGGUACCCGGUUCAGCCACCGCCACGCCGCCAACCCGCCGCCGCUACCGCCGCCAGACGGGCCCCCGCACAUUAUGCACUGCACCUACGCGACAUUUCACAACUGCACACUGCACCUCGGUCACACAAAAUCAACAACUUUCGACUCCUUAAAAAGAAAACCGCUGCCGUUGCGAAACUAA